AUGGGCAUUGCUGAUGUAAUUUCUUGUUUAUUUUACACAGAAGAUUGUUCCAACAGCCAUCACACGGUGUCUAGGAACCUCGAUGAGAAGCACAACCGAUUCAACGUGUUCAAGUACAAUGCUCACCAUGUUCACAACGCCAACAAGAAUGAUAAACCUUACAAGUUGAAGUCGAACAAGUUUGCAGACAUGACGAACCACGAAUUCAAGAGCGCUUAUGCCGGUUCGAAUGUUAAGCACCACAGGAUGCUCUGGGGGAGCCCUAAAGGGAAUGGGACUUUCAUGUACGAGAAGGUAGAUACGGUCCCCCCAUCUGUCGAUUGGAGGAAGAAAGGUGCAGUCACCCAUGUAAAGGACCAAGGACAUUGUGGUAACGCUAAUUGUUCAUUCCCUAGCUGACCUUCUACCAAAUCGUGAAUCAUUUUUCUAAAAUAGUGAAUCAUUAGAUUUAGUUCAUUUAACGUAACCAUGUAUUAAUAUAACUAAAUUGAAUCUAUGUAUAUACAAUAACCUCACAUACAUCAAUAUCAUCAAUUGAAUUUUUUU